AUGGCAGAGCUUGCUGCCCUUGGCCUAGCCGGCAAUAUCCUGCAAUUUGUGGACUUUGGAAUCAAACUCUUCCAAGAAGCACGCGUUUUGUACAGAUCUUCAGAAGGUGUCACCCCCGCGGAGCUCGAGCUCGAAACAACCACGCGUGUUCUCCGACAAUAUGCCCAAGACCUUGAGACUAGCCAGCGCGGGAUCAACGCGAACCAUGCUAGUGACUCCAUCACCCUCCGCAAUAGUGCCAUCGCCAAAGAAUGCAAUGGAUUAGCAGAUGAACUGCUCCAGCUCCUGGAGAGUUUGAGAAUUAAGGAUACGGAAAAUCGAAAAUGGUCCAGCUUCAAACACGCUCUCAGCAGGGUUGCAAAGCGGAGCAAGAUUGAAAACAUGGAGCGGCGCUUGAAUAGGUUACGGGACGCAUUGAACAGUAGUUUGAUUUCCGAUUUGAAGCAUCAUCAACCUAUCAUCCUUAAAACUCUCCGAACCUUGCGCGAACAGAACAUGCUGUUAGAAGCAAAAACGACCGGGAAGCUGGAGGAUAUAGAGGCGGAGCUGUUGCGACAAGCAGAUGAUGAUCAACGCGGCGCAGUUGACUUCGCCGGUCUCGGCCUGAGUCUCUUGGCUCUUCGAGAGGAAGCGAAGAAAGCUGAGAAACAGCAAGUGUUUCUCCAAAGCUUGAAAUUUGGCGAGAUUAAAGCACGGCACAACACGGUUAAAGAGUCAUAUCCCAGCACUUUCGAGUGGAUCUUCCAAGAUGAUAGCAACUUCAACAACUGGCUUCGUAAAGGUAAGGGUAUAUACUGGAUUGAAGGCAAAGCAGGCAGUGGUAAGUCAGUACUGAUGAAGUUUUUGGUCCACCACGACAAGACCACAAAUGGCCUACGGACCUGGGCUGGAACUCACAAGCUCUUCAUUGGAAGCCACUUCUUCUGGAACAUUGGAACAAAAGUGCAGAAAUCAGAGGAAGGCCUCUUGAGAACGCUUUUAUAUCAAGUCCUGAAAGAAUGUCCCGACCUGAUUGAGGAAAUCUGCGGGCCCUAUACGGAUGCUGAUUUCGAAUGGGAUCCUCACAAGCUACAUAAAGCUUUUGAGAAGCUGUCUAAAAUUCCUCCUCUGGGGUACAGAUUCUGCUUCUUUAUCGAUGGGCUGGAUGAGUAUAGCGGCGACCAUAUGGAUCUGAUUCACACCGCAGAGAGAAUGGUGUCUUCAUCGUUCAUCAAAGUCUGUGCGUCAAGCCGUCCGUGGAACGUGUUCACUGAGGCUUUCGGCAGGAGUGAGCAGAAACUCAAAUUGGAAGAACUAACUCAAACUGACAUUCGCAAUUAUGUUCACCAAAGAUUCGCGAAAGAAACUCGAGGCUCCGAGAAUCUCUAUAAGAGUAUCGCCGAGGAAGUCACCCGGAGGGCACAAGGCGUGUGGUUAUGGGUUCAUCUUGUCGUCACUUCACUAGUACGGGGAUUGAUAAACGCCGACAAUUUCAGUGAGUUGAGAAAAACGCUUGACAGCCUUCCAGACGGCCUGGAGAAUUAUUUCAGACAUAUUAUCCAACAUAUCGAACCUAAGUAUCGACAAGAUUCAGUUCGAUAUUUCAAGACUGCAAUUGUUGCCGUGCAACCACUGCCGGUCCUGGCGUUUAAGUUCCUCGACGAAGAGAGCAUGGACUCAGAUUAUGCGCUCAAGGCGCAAGUGAAUACCUAUACUGAAGUUGAAUUGGUGCCCAUUCGCGACAGUAUGAAGAAGCGACUUAAUGCACGAUGCAGAGAUCUCCUUGAGAUAACCGCGGGGUCUUCAGAUCUACCCCUUUCAGAAUCUCGGGUGGACUUCUUACAUAGAACCGUGAAAGAGUUCUUCUCUAAAACGGACAGUACCUUCGAAACCUUCGGUGAAUGGAAGCCUGCUGACUUCGACGUUCAACUGUCAUUGUGUCGUGCGAUGCUCGCGUUGAUAAAGGGAAUGCCGGGCGAGCAGAAGUUCGGCAACUGGCGCACGACGUUAUUUUCUUUUGUGGACGAGCUCUUGUACCACGCCCGAACUAUUGAAACGGAGUGCAUCCACGGUCCUGAUCCGCUUGACGACAAAUUUCGGCACGAGCAAGAGUUCAAAUUACUUGACGAUUUAGACCAGGCUGUGACGAGACUCACAAAUACCGCCAAGGUACAUUGGACAAAUCUAAGAGAUGUUCCGGAUGUUCGAGGCGAUGGAUUCAUGGAAUACAAGCAGAUGACCUUCCUUGCGUUAAUCGUCCAGGCAGGACUCUCGCUGUAUGCCGCGCGGAAAAUUAACAGCAAAGUUGUCCAGUCCAAAUCUGGACGGCCAUUUCUGGACUACGCAUUGAGGCCUAAUAUGGUGACUCCACUGGACCUGCCUGAUGCCAUAGCAAGGCCCGAUGUUCGAAUGGUUGACCUGCUCUUGCGAAUCGGCGCUGGCCCGAAUUGGAGGAUAUACUCCUACGAAAACAAAACCCCCUGGCUUUUAUUCCUGCGACACUGCCAUCAACGUGGUAACCAACGAAGCUCAUCGCUUUCGAAAGAAGAUUCGAAGGACAUGUAUCUGGUGGUCAAGAUGCUGGUUGAUAAUGGUGCCGACCCAGACGUCCGACUGGACGAUGAAGGUACGGUGGAGAUGGAGGAGGCAUUGAGAGGAAUCCUGAGUCACACAGAAUUGAUAUCUCUGCGGGAAUUUUUGGCGGAGAGGCGUCGAAACAACAGCGGACUUGUCAAUUGGGCAAAAUCCCUGUUUGGAUAUGCGUGA